AUGGUCUUAAAGCAAUCAGCUGCGCCUCAUGGUUCGGGUCCUGCGUCCGCCGAGGCGGCGCGGCGGCUCCGAUCAUGGGGUUCGCAGGUCGAGUUAGCGGAGGCGGAGCAAGAGACGGGUGUUUCCCUUUCUCUUGCCCUCUCCCCUGACUCCGUUCGCUCAGUUUCGGUUUCGGGAGCUCGCACUGCGAUUUCUCCCGACCCGGAAGAGGGCAUGCUGCUUUCCGCGUCGGGCUCUGAGGAGCUCGAUGUGGGCGGGGACGUGCUUUCCCCCUCGGUAAAGCCGAAUGAGAGAGAGCAGUCAGUCACGUUCGAGGAGCUCCUCGAAGUGGUGUCACGCGCCGUGGGUAGGCUGAAUUUGGAUUGGCCUGAAGAGGAAGUUAGUGUCGCCCGCUCUAAGUUAGACGACCGCUUUCUGACUUCAGGCCGCAGGCCACCUGCACGCAGGCGACUGCCUUUUUUUCCUGACCUCCAUGCUGAGGUGUCGAGGUCCUGGAAGAAUCCAUUUGCGGCGCGUGUUUUUUCUCCGGCCAUGUCUGAUUAUUCAGCCAUCAUAGGGCUUGAAAGCCAUGGCUAUGGGGCGAUGCCUAGGGUUGAAGAGACGCUCGCGGGCUAUCUCUCGCCUGCAUCGCCCGCAUGGAGGAGACCUGCCCUUCCCUCCAAGCCCUGUAGGACCACCUCAGCCCUUGUAGGUAAGGCUUAUACAGCGGCAGGCCAGGCAGGUGCGGCUCUGCACACCAUGGCCGUUUUGCAGGCCUACCAGGCUGACCUGCUGGCAGAGCUUGAUGGGAGGGAGGAAUUGGGACCUCAGGCGAUAUCUGAGCUCCGCCGGGCCACUGACCUUGCACUCCGUGCCACGAAGCAGACGGCCCGCUCCAUAGGCCGUUCAAUGGCUGCGCUAGUUGCCACGGAGAAGCACCUGUGGCUUAAUUUAACCGGCAUAAAGGACAAGGAUAAGUCCUUUCUCCUGGACGCCCCGGUGUCGCCCCUGGGUUUGUUUGGCGACGCAGUGAAUACUGUCGUCGACAGACACCAGGAGGUGAAACGCCAAUCGGCGGCAUUCAGGGAGUUUCUCCCUCGCCGCGGCGAGCAGCCUGGGCCUUCAUCUAGCCACUCCCUGCCCCCUUCUAGACUAGGGAGGCCGGUCAGCGUACCCGGGCCCAGACCCGUCAGGGGAGAGGGGACCUUAGGUCCGUUAUUUCAGCCAGGCGAGCCCCAAAGGAGUCCUGAUGCCCGUGGGCGGGGGCUCCUGGGGGCAUCCUAUUCAGGAACGCCCCCCCUACUGCCUGCCCCGCCGUCUUUGUCGUUUCGGGGGGCAGUGGGGCCUGUCUCGGCUCCCCGUUUGUGUACGGAUCUUCCCGGGUUAGCGCCUGCCAGUGUGCUGUUUCAGGGCACCCGGGAGGUCUGCGCGAGGCUGUUGCCUCUGUCAGGCAGCCUGGCAGCGUGGAAACUUCUGCCAGGGGUGUCGCAGUGGGUCCUGGACACUGUAGAAAGAGGGUACAGGAUCCAGUUUUCCUCCCGCCCCCCGGGCUUCCAGGGCAUGUUGCCCACGAUCGUGGGCGGGCACCAGGCGGUGUUCCUCCAAGAGGAACUCUGCUCGCUUCUGGAGAAAGGGGCCAUAGAGCAUGUUCCCCUCCCAGAGCAGGACUCCGGCUUUUACAGCCGAUAUUUUGUUGUUCCCAAGAAGGACGGGGGGCUGCGUCCGAUUUUGGACCUGCGGGCUCUGAACUGUACUCUGAGGACCUACAAGUUCAAGAUGCUCACGCUCAAGGUGAUCGUGUCCCAGAUCAGAUCCGAGGACUGGUUUGUGACGAUCGACCUCAAAGAUGCUUAUUUUCACAUAAGCAUUCUGCCAGAACACAGGAAGUUCCUCAGGUUUGCUUUCGGGGGCGAAGCGUACCAGUAUCGUGUCCUUCCUUUUGGCCUAGCCCUUUCACCCCGUACGUUUACGAAGUGCAUGGAUGCUGCCCUGGCACCGUUGCGUCUCCAGGGCAUCCGUGUACUGAAUUACCUCGACGACUGGCUCAUUCUGGCCCAGUCCGAGGCUAUGGCAGCCAGUCAUCGAGAUGCUGUGCUUGCCCACAUGAGGUCCUUAGGCCUCAGGCUGAACCCAGGAAAGUGUGUGCUUGCUCCCUCUCAGAGAACCACCUUUCUGGGGGUAGUUUGGGAUUCCACCACGAUGCGGGCACAUCUGUCUCCCGCUCGGGUGGCCUCCAUCUUGGCAGCAGUGAAAGCUAUUCGGCUGGGUCGCGGCCUCUCUGUCGCCGAGGCACAGAGGGUGCUCGGCCUCAUGUCAGCAGCAGCCAACGUUAUCCCUUUGGGUCUGCUUCACAUGAGGCCGUUCCAGUUCUGGCUCAGGGGUGCGGGCUUUCAUCCUCGCAGACAUCCCCUCAGGGUUAUACGGGUUACGCGCCGUGGGCUUCGUACCCUUCUUCUGUGGAAAAGACCCCGGUUCUUGGCCUUGGGUCCCAUUCUAGGGGCGUGUCACCGUCGCAGGACUCUUUCGACGGACGCCUCGCUCUCGGGCUGGGGCGCGGCUUUAGAUGGCCGCCCGGCCCAGGGUCUAUGGGAGGGCCCCUGUCUCUUGUGGCACAUAAAUUGCCUGGAGAUGAGGGCUGUGUUUCUAGCGUUGAAACACUUUCUCCCACACCUCAAGGGCUGCCAUGUCCUGGUGCGGACAGACAGCACCGCGGUGGUGUCCUAUAUCAAUCAUCAGGGCGGUCUGCGUUCACACCCCCUGUUCAGGUUGGCGCGGCAGAUUCUGCUCUGGGCAGAGACCAGGUUUCUUUCGCUGAGAGCGGUUUUUAUCCCAGGGCGUGUGAAUCGGGAGGCAGACUUCCUGUCGAGGCAGGUGCUGAGGCCCGGGGAGUGGCGGCUUCACCCCCAUGUGGUGGAGCGAAUCUGGCGGAUUUUCGGCCGGGCGGAAGUGGAUUUGUUCGCCUCCGAGGAGUCGACCCACUGUCCGCUGUGGUUCUCCCUCUCUCAUCCGGCCCCGUUGGGCCUGGAUGCCCUGGUAUGGACGUGGCCGAGGCUCCGUCUGUACGCCUUUCCCCCGGUAGCUCUGCUCCCGCAAGUCCUAGCCAGAGUGCGCCACGACCAGGUCAACCUUCUCCUAGUUGCCCCUCGUUGGCCCUCUCGAGUAUGGUUCACGGACCUAGUCUCCCUCCUGAACGGCACUCCAUGGGAGGUUCCCGUCAGGAGGGAUCUCCUCUCUCAGGCGCAGGGGGCAAUUCUUCACCCCCGCCCCGAGAUGUGGAAGCUUUGGGUCUGGCCCCUGAGGGGGACCAGCUCCUAGACGCA